CUGCGCCCGGAGGAGUGAUGCUCAUCCGAGAAGUCUUGCUAUUCCUCCACUGCUUCUGGCCUUCUUUGCUGCUGCACUGGACCCUCCAUCCCAUCUGGGGCUUCAUGCAGAUCACUCAGGGUGAACCUCAAAAAUCAUGCUUCAAGCCUGUAGCAGAAAAAGUGACAGACAGUUGCCAACAGAUCUGCCAAUGUAGACCACCUCCGUUACCACCCCCACCACCUCCUCCUCCACCACCAAGGUUGCUUGGGGUCCCACCACCUCCCACACCUCCCACUUGUCCCCCUGCAGAGACCUGGUGGCCAAGCCCAGUUCUAAUUAUUGCAGCAUGCUGCACCACACCAGUGUUCCUCUUUCUAGUUUUCAUCAUUUGCUACAAAGCCAUAAAAAGGAAACCACUGAGAAAAGAAGAGAAUGGAACAAGUCGGGCUGAAUAUGCAAUGACUGCCUCCCAAAAUAACAAGACAGUUGACGUGAACAAUGCGGUGGUGUAAUUUCUGAGACUCUCCCCCCUUGAGUAGCAAAUGUUAAAAGCACACACGGCAUCAUCGGCAAGGUGGGUGAAAAGCAGCCAGGGGAGAAGCCCUGUGGGCCAAGGACUCCAUUUCAGAAGCAGGCACGCAUCAGUUAUUCCAAGAAGAAAAAGCAGACGAUUCUUCUGCAGCCUGCUGAUGGUCACAAAGGGAGGGAUAAAACUUGCCGGUUGGGGCUCCUCUGAGCAAAGGCCUCACAAAGGCGUAAUCACUGCAUGCCGCAUCUGUUGAAAGCAACAUCAUGAUUCCCCCACCCCCCAGCUUCCCCCUCCCCUUUUCCUCUUGAGUUAUUUAUUUAUUUUUGAUUGACGGUCCAUAAAGGCGCUGCUUUAAUAGGAUCCCCUUUUUUAUAUGGUGAAGGUGAUCUGUUGGAAGCGGCAAGGUGUUGUAACUGAGUCUGGAAAAGCCGAGCUUUACCCGCAUGGUUCCGCAUCUUUGAUUUUCCUUUCCAGACCAUCAGCCUUUCCAUUCUUAAUUAUGAUUGCAUUAUUAAAGUGGGAAGUUUCCCUUUCUCCACAAAGCAUCUCCCCCAUUCCCCUGCUCCCAAAUACUGCAUGGAGUCAUGAAGUAUACAUCCACAAGUACA